GAGAAAGUGCAACGUUGACCAGAGAUGUACUUGAGCAACAUUUUAAUGAUUUGAAAGGGACUCUAAAGAAGCUGUUGGAUGAGCGACUGAUGUCACUGCUGCAGGAAGUGGAUGCUAUAGAACAAGAGAGCAUCAAACCUUUGGAUGAAUGCCAGAAGCUGAUAGAGCAUGGAGUCAGUACAGCCGAUGAUCUGCUCCGGGAAGGAGAGAGUGCAGUCCAUGGAGAUGUGGGACAACAGAAUGAGAAACUGUGCAGCUUUACAAAAAAAGCUUUACAUAUUCAGCUAGAUAGCUUACCAGAAGUGCCCUCCUUGGUUGACGUGCCUUGUUUAUCUGCCCAGCUGGAUGACUGCCUUCUUACUAUAUUGAAAAAUCAAAUAUUCAGACAUGGAACUGUGGCAUCUUGCCCACCUGUACAGCUAGAGGAAUUCGUUGAGAAGCCUGGAGGUAUUUUAGUCCGAUGGUGUAAGGUGGAUGAUGACUUCAUACCGCAAGAUUACAGACUGCAAUAUCGUAAGAGUACUGCCAGUCACUUUGAAGAUGUGUAUGUCGGCUUGGAGACGGAGUUCAUAGUGCUGCAUAUUGAUCCUAAUGUUGAUUACCAGUUCAGAGUCUGCGCCCGAGGAGAUGGACGGCAAGAGUGGAGUCCGUGGAGUGUUCCUCAGAUCGGCCGUACCACGCUAGUUCCCCAUGAGUGGACAACUGGUUUGGAGGGUUACAGCUUGAGCAGUCGAAGAAACAUAGCACUUCGAAAUGAUUCUCAGUCAUGCGGUGUGCUCUACUCCAAAGCUCCUACUUAUUUCUGUGGGCAGACAUUAACAUUCAGAAUUGAAACUGUGGGACAGCCAGACAGACGAGACAGCCUAGGAGUGUGUGUGGAGCAGCAGAACGGCUACGAUUCUUUGCAGCGGGAUAAAGCUGUGUGCAUCAGCACAAACGGGGCAGUAUUUGUAAAUGGAAAAGAGAUGACAAACCAACUGCCUGCUGUUACUUCUGGAUCGACUGUGACGUUUGACAUGGAAGUUGUGCAGUUAGGGCCUUCCAGCAAUGAGGGAGGAAACUUCAAGCUUAGAGUAACCAUUAGCUCUAACAACAGAGAAGUGGUCUUUGACUGGGUACUUGAUCAAUGCUGUGUCUCUCUGUAUUUUGGAUGUUCGUUUUCAUAUCCAGGCUGGAAAGUUUUGGUGUUUUAGCAGCA